AUGGAUGAAAGUCCUGCGUCACCUGCUGAUGCGAGGGGGACUCGGUUACUCGGCCCGUUUCGAUAUUUCGCAUAUUACGCCCGUGUCUUACCGAUCCUGAAUCCCGAUAUAACUCCCAACCAAUAUUACGCUCGGUCUCCUCUUCUUUUUUGGACUAUUGUGGCCAUCGGAUCACGGCGCUAUCAAGCCGACCCAACCCUCCUGACAAAACUGGCUGAACCCCUUCAAAACUUCGCCCUUUGUUCGUUCGCGUCCCGAACCGAGGUUGUCGAAGUCAUACAGAGCCUGCUUUUAUUAUCCCUUUGGCCACUUCCAUUCAAUUCGGCCCACAAGUCCAUGUCCCAUAUAUUCAGCGGUGCCGCCGUCAAUCUUGCUAUGCAAAACGGCCUCCAUGUCCUCGGCGUCGGCCAAGAUUUCGCAAGAGUCCGCUUGAACAACAAUGAGGAAGAGAAAAUCUCUCGGGCCCGGCUAUGGAUCUACUGUAUUAUCACCGCUCAGAGUGCUAGCUACUGUGAUGGGCUUUUGCCCUGGAUGAUCAGCUCUUCUGCUGACUUUGACAAAUACCAAACAGCCAUGGCCCACGUUAUUCCGCCGGUCUUGCAAUAUCGCGAGAGGAUCCAUCACAUUGCCACCGAUAUGAUUUCGGCUGUGGUCCGAACCGGCGUUACUCAACGCGGCUCAAAAAACGAUGCCGCUCUAGAGAUGCUCAUCGAACUGUACGACAAAGAAUUGUCUCGAGUAAUAGUCCCAACCUCUGACGAUUUCGGCAAUCUCUACUUUUCUCUAGCACACCUUGAAAUCGUAUCGUUUUAUUUUUUCACUCAGACCAUCAGCACCAAACCCAUGCACUUGAUCAAGAUAUACGACGACGCCGUUAAUGCAAUUGAGCAUGCGACCUUCAUUCAAGACUUUGCUUUGGUUUGCACAUUCUACUUCCACCGAAUGUUGCUGCUGGCUGCAUUCUGCAUCCUAAAGAUCCUUCGAAGUGACAUGAAUUCAGCGGUCGACGCCCGAGCGGGGGAGAGGGCAUAUUUCAAAUUCAUAUUGCUUCUAAAAGAGGCAUCUGUCCAGCACGAUGACAUUUGUUCUCGCGGAGCAGGGAUACUCACUCAACUCUGGGCGAGCGACAAUAUCUUCAAGAGAGCGGACGGUGGGAGGGAUAGUCUAUCCCUAAGAAUCCAGAGUCGGUUGACGAUGAGUGUGGUAUUUGAUUGUCACUGGUGGUGGAGAGAGGAGUUUGGGGGACAGGGGAGUCCAUACGAAUUACGAGAGGAGAGCAAGACUGCCAAGGUGUCCACGUCUACGGAGGACGCAGACAAGAUGGCAUCCGAGCAUUUUGGCCCCCCAAUGGGACUUCAUGACCCGACCGUGCCCGACAAUCACAGCCUUGAGAACAACGCCCCUAAACAUCAAUUUCCCGAGUUUGAUGAUUUCCUUCAAGGCUUUACUUUCGAUCUGGUUUCUGAUCUAGGAGACUGGACUACAGAGACAAUGGCACCAGUAAGAUAUCAUGAUAGCACUUGUUCAACUCUUAUCCCUGACGACUUCAACCAGACCAUCUCAGCAGAAAUGGACCCGUAA